CAUUAUGGCGACUUUAUGUUGUCCACAAUGAAUCAAAGUGUCGAUCCCUGUGAGAAUUUCUAUGAGUAUGCCUGUGGCAACUGGAAGGAGUCCAAGUUGCUUACGGAAAAGGCAAGGAACUCAAGUUUCUUGCAGGCCAUACAACAUCGCAUUGAUGAGCAGGUCUUGAGCUUUCUUCAAAAUGCCACACAGGCACAGUUGCUGGAGAAGAAUCAUUCCAGCAGUGCAGAGUGGAAAGCCAAGCAAUUCUUUGCCAGCUGUCUGCAGAUGAAAGCGAAUCUCUCGCUGGGCUACGAGAGAUUUAUGGAGAAUCCCGAUGAUCGUUAUGGCGCAAAGGGAAAACAACAUUAUCAGAAUGUGAGUCAGGAUUGGAUGUACAUCAAUUUCAUGUCCAACUACGAUGUGUAUCCCUUGCUCCCCCUAAAAGUACACUACAAUACGGCAAUUCGUAAAUUCGAUAUACUCCUUACGAUGCCCAGCAAGGUGCUCGCCAGUGUUAAUGAGAAGGAACUGCUGAAUAUCACGCGGGAUUUUCAGCUGCAUGAUGAGAAUAAGCGUCAACAGUUUCUCUCACACUUUACAAACCUCACGCAGUUUGAGAGAAAUCUCACGCAGUUGGUCAAAAUUCGCAAUGAAACGGAGCAACUGACUUUGGGAGAAUUCUUAAUCCGUCACAAAGAUGAUCGUCUGAAUUGGACACGUUAUUUUGAUGUGGCCUUUAAUGGCACACAGAAAUCCCAUUGGCCUGUGUUGAAUCAACUGCAGGAUAUCGGAGAACUUGUGCAUUUUCUGGAGCGCAGUGACUUGCAACUUCUACGUUCCUAUGUGCAACAUCGUGUGCUGCUCAAGUUCUACGCUGUGUGGAAGACACAGACCCGGAAUGGCAGCUUGGAGAACGAUUGUCGUGUUGCCACCGAAACAUUCUACAACUAUGCCAUGCUGCCAUGGUUUAUUGGCCAGGUUUUUGAUAAGCAGCGACGUGCGGAUGUUUUGACUGUGGCCAAGGACAUUAGGGAUACGUUCUAUGAUCUGCUGGAGCAUUACACCUGGCUGGAUGAUGAGACACGUUCCCAGGCCAGGACGAAACUGGCUUCGAUGGAUGUGCUCGUCGGCUACAGUGAUGAACUGCAGCAUCCCGAGCUCAUCGAUGCCGUCUACAGUGACAUCAAUGUGACCGACAAUUGGUAUGAGAAUCUGGAGAUAUUGGAAAGGAAUCGGGCGAGUACACGUCUGCGAUCCGUGGACAAGGCGUUGAUACCGUUGCUAAUGCCAACGCGGACAGUGAACGCCUACUAUGCGGACUUUCUCAAUCAGGCCUUUAUUACCAUCGGCAUGUCACAGUGGCCACUCUACCACGUGGACUUUCCAGCUGUGCUGAAGUAUGCGGGUAUAGGCAACAUUGUGGGGCAUGAAAUGGCCCAUGGUUUCGACUCCUACUGUUAUCAGUUUAAUUAUGAUGGCAAAAAGGUCAACUGGUGGUCAACUGCGUCUCUUAGGAACUUUAAGGAACGUUAUCGCUGCCUGGAAUCCCAGUAUAACAAGUUUAUCCUAUUGGGAGUUCAGACAAAUGGCACUUUGACCUCGGGCGAUAAUAUCGCCGAUAAUGUGGGAGCUCGCAUGGCGUAUUACGCCUACAAGCGACACAUGGGCAACGGGGCGUGGCAGGAGAAACCUUUACGGGGCCUUGAAUUUAACAAUAAGCAGCUCUUCUUCUUGAAAUUCGCCCAGACCUGGUGCACGGGUAAGGAUAAUGCCUAUAAACUCAGUAAACUGAGGAGCGAUGUUCAUGCUUAUGAGGAGUUUCGGGUUGUGGGUACUCUCAGUAAUAUGCCCGAGUUCAGCGAGGCCUUCAACUGUCAACUGGGCACUGAAAUGAAUCCUUUGAAGAAGUGUGUCGUCUGGUAGUUAAUAAAGAUAAAGAUUGAAAA